CUUCGUGUUAAAAGAGGUUCAAGUGUACUGUAGCCGAGUGCUAUAGUUUUUCUUCUCCGCUUUGGUAAAAAAUAAUUUUCUUUGGACUUCCAGUUGUUCAACUAACCCUAUAAUAACUACUCAAUCGUUUCAUUGGUGCAUUUGGUGUUAAAAAUAUAGGAAAGCUGGAGAAGUUAGAGCAAUUUAGCAAAUUAUCAAGAAUGGACAGAAAAGCAGAAUUGGUGCGAAAAAAGGCCAAAUUACAGGCCCUCCGAGAGGAGAAAGAACGUCGCCAAAAAGAAAAAGAAAUGAAGGACCUUGAGGAAGCGGCAGGAAAAUUAGGUCACCCGGAAAGCAACACUCGAAAAGAUCUGGAUGAAAUGCUUUCGUCGCUCGGAGUUGCUCCCGUAUCCGAAGUACUUUCGUCAUUAUCGUCAGUGAAUUCAGCAACGUCGGAUCAUUCUGCAAAUCAUACUCCAGAUGCUAGUUUACAACCAAGUUUAAACGGACAAAAUUAUCGGAAGAAACCUAUCAAUUUGAGUCUAGUAUCGGUUCAAGCAACCAACAUUCCACCGAAAGAAACCGUUGUUUAUUCAAAACAGACGCAAACGACCAGCACGGGUGGUCACGAACGAGAUGUUUUUUCUUGCCAUUCCUCACCUCUGUCAGGAUAUAUGGAGGAUUGGUGGAGACCGCGUAAAGCCCAUGCGACUGACUAUUACGAUGAAUACAAUCUAAAUCCUGGUUUAGAAUGGGAGGAUGAGUUUACAGGUGAUGAUGAGGAAAACUCCCUGACUCAUAUCGAUCAUGGCUUCCAUUCGAAACUACCACCGGGAAUUCUACCGCAUGGACUACCAACGGUCAAGGAAGUGGCGCCAGCUAUUACUCCUCAAGAGCAGAAAAAGGAUGAAGUCAAAGAAGUUAAAGAGCUUUCUGCUGAACAGAAACAGAUGAUAAUUCUAUCAGAAGAUUUCCAACGAUUCAUACUUAAAGCUGGGAAAGUUAUGGAACGUGCACUCUCGGAAAUGGUUGAUAUUUAUACAGAUUACAUUGGCGGCGGAGAUACUGAUGAUAUAAAUGAUGAACGCUCACUUGCUCGAUUAUCUCUCAAUCGAACGUUUUACUGUGAUCGUUGGUCUAAAAAUCGGUGCGUUACUUCGUUCGAUUGGUCAACUCAUCAUCCAGAACUAAUGGUUGCUUCCUAUCACAACAACGAAGAAUCUCCUAAUGAACCUGAUGGUGUUGUAGUAAUCUGGAAUACAAAAUUCAAAAAGCACACCCCGGAAGAAGUGUUUCAUUGUCAAAGUGCUGUAAUGUCAGCGUGUUUUGCAAAGUUUCACCCUAAUUUAAUUCUUGGAGGAACUUACUCUGGUCAGAUAGUGUUAUGGGAUAAUCGAGUACAGAAACGAACACCUAUUCAAAGAACACCACUUAGCACGAAUGCUCAUACGCAACCGGUCUACUGUCUUUCCAUGGUUGGUACACAAAAUGCGCACAACGUAAUUUCUAUUAGCUCCGACGGUAAAAUGUGCUCUUGGAGUUUGGAUAUGUUAUCACAGCCACAAGACGUUCUGGAGUUACAACAGCGCCAAUCGAAAGCAAUUUCAGUAACGUGUAUGGCGUUCCCGCACAACGAAGUCAACAAUUUCGUUCUCGGCAGUGAAGAUGGUUACGUUUACUCAGCAUGUCGCCAUGGAAAUCGAUCUGGUAUUGGAGAGACCUAUGAGAAGCAUUUGGGUCCAGUAACGGGCAUUUCCGCGCAUCACAAUCAAUCGUCACCCGACUUCGGACACUUGUUCCUAACUUCUUCUAUUGAUUGGACCAUAAAAUUAUGGAGUUUAAAGGAUAACAAACCUAUUUACUCAUUUGAGGAUAACUCUGACUAUGUGAUGGACGUAGCUUGGUCCCCUAUCCACCCAGCACUAUUUGCCGGAGUUGAUGGUAGUGGUCGCCUGGAUCUAUGGAACUUGAAUCAGGACACUGAGGUUCCGACCGCAUCAGUUGUAGUUGAAGGUCAACCUGCAUUAAAUCGAGUUUCAUGGACGCCAUCGGGUCUGCAUGUGACUGUUGGUGAUGAAGCUGGGCGUAUUUAUGUUUACGAUGUGGCUGAUAAUUUGGCCACACCACGUAUGGAUGAAUGGAACAAGCUCAAUUCGGUGCUCAAUGAACUCAAAAUGAAUCAAAAUGACGAAUUCGAUGAUUUAGAUAAAAAAUCACCCAUUCCUCAGACUCCAUCAUUAACGUCACUUUCCUCGUCGCCCCUUAUAUGAAAUUCAAUUAGGCCCUAUUGAAGAUGCGAUAGGGACUAAAACUCUAAAUAAACACUAAUGCUCAUUUGAAAUGAGCGAGCUGUUUUUAUUUUUUGGCCGGAUAUUGUAUAAGGCAAAGGAGAUAUAAGGGGUAAAGUCUGGAGAUAGUUACUUGCAUAAGAGACUAAAAGAAGUGGCUUGGAAGAAAGUUUCAUUCAAUCAUUAGAUUGUGGAAAAUAUUUUCACGAUUAUCCUGUACGGAUUUAUCAAAUAUCGCAUGCCGAAAAAAUGUAGGCUAUUAAAAAGAACUAACGUUCGGUAGUAUCCUAUAUUAAACUAUGUUCAAGAUCUAAACAAGUAAUUUAUUAUCCUAUGUUAACAUUGUCUUAAAAUAAAACAUAUGUAGUGCUAGUUAA